UCAAAGGGUUGACAAAAAUAGACAAAUACCUUCUACAUCAAAAUUACAUUGGACGUAGUUUCUGUUGAUAUUGAUCAAAUGUAUAUAGCAAUAAACAUUAUUGUUUAAUCAGAAUCUCUUUAUAUUGAAAGUAUGUUACACAUAUAAAGAAUUUAUUGUGGUGAGAACACACAAUGUAAGACAUGACACAAGCAAGCAGAAAUUUAAGUAAAACGUUAACCAUAGAUACACAAACUGAAGUUUAGCAUCUAUAUAAAAAUGAUCAGCCCUAAGGUACAGUUCUUCUCAACGCUUUGUUCAUGUGUUUCAGUGGUUUCUACAGAUGUUCAGGAGUUGGUGCUGAUUAAAGAAGAAGCUCCUGAAGAACAGAGACCAUAUACAGUCCAGCAAGACCAAGAACCCCUCCAUGUAAAAGAGGAAGAGGAGGUGCUGUGCGUCAGUGUGGGGGAAGAUCAGCUCUAUGUGAAGGAGGAGACAGAUGUCACCAGCUUUAUAUUUACUGCAGUUCCUUUAAAGCAUGAGGAUGAUGAAGAUAAACCUCUGUUCUUACAGCUUCAUCAACACCAAGCUGAAGUCAGAGAUCUUCCAACCAGCAGCUCAGCUGAUAACCUGGAAUCAGCAACUGGUGGAGAGUCCUGUGGAGGAGCAGAAACUACCAGAAACCCAGAUCUGAGUACUCAUGAAGAUGAUUCUGACCCUUCAGAAACUGAAGUCAGUGAGGAUGAUGAUGAAGAGGAUUGUGAUGUGAGCAGUCCUGACUCUCAGCUGAAACACUUGGCAGACUCUGGGGCAAAAACUGAAAACACUGAUAAAGACUGGGGGUCUUCACUCAGCAGAGUUCCUGAAUCACGUGGAGACAAAAUCAAUAAUGGACAAAAACUGUUUUGUUGUGAGUUGUGUGGGCGGACGUUUAACCAGAAGGGACAUUUGAACAAACACUUAAGAAUCCACACAGGACAGAAGCCAUUUUGUUGUGAGCUGUGUGAUCGAAGGUUUACUGAAAAGGGCCAUUUGAACACGCACAUUAGAAUCCACACAGGACAGAAGCCAUUUUGUUGUGAGCUGUGUGAUCGAAGGUUUACUGAAAAGGGCCAUUUGAACACGCACAUUAGAAUCCACACAGGACAGAAGCCAUUUUGUUGCGAGCUGUGUGACCGUAGAUUUAGCCAAAGAUGCAGUUUGAAGAGACACAUGAUAACCCACAUAGGACCGAAACAGUUCAGUUGUGAGCUGUGUGAUCGAAAGUUUACCACAAACAGCUAUUUGAACAAACACGUGGAACUCCACAGAACACAGAAACAGUUUUGUUGUGGACUGUGUGAUCGAAAUUUUACUGCAAAGAGCAGUUUAAAAACACACAUGAGAAUCCACACAGGACAGAAGCCAUUUUGUUGUGAGUUGUGUGAUCGAAGAUUUACUACAAAGGGCAAUUUAAACACACAUAUUAGAGUCCACACAGGACAGAAGCCAUUUUGUUGUGAGCUGUGUGAUCGAAAAUUUGGUCAUCAGGGCAGUUUGAACAAACACAUGAAAAUCCACAUAGAAAACAAAGCAGUCAUUUUCAAUGACUCCUAAAAGAUUGUUUUUAUACACACUUCAAAUAAAAAAGAUUUUUAUUAUUUUAAAUAAGUUGGGGAAACCCCCAAUGAUUUUGCUUUAGAAGAUUUGAUAGAUUUGUUGCCAACAUUGGAGUAAUUACAGACACCUGUGGACUCAUUUUAACCCCUCAAACACUGUUUGUGUGGCACACUGGGAAAACAAAAGAAAUCAGUAAAGACAUCAGGAAGAAAAUGACCUUCACAACCCUAGUUCAUCCUUCACAACUCAUAUCAAUAUUUUCAUCAUUUUUAAAAUUAUUCUUUUAAUAUUUUACUCUAAUUCUAAUUUUCCUUUUGAAAAUGGAUAUUUUUACAUAUUUUGUUAACUAUUGUGAACAGUUGUAGGAAUGUUUAAAGUGUUAAAAUGCUAAUAAAAUAUAUUCAUGGAGUUAAACAUGCAGGUAUUGUACUUCUAGAUUUGAAGCAACUUUUAAUAAAAGGUUUAACGUGAAA